CGCGAUUUGUGUUUGCGUGUGUGUGUGUGUGAAAAUCGCGCGCGUUUUCAGCCGCGUCUUGUUGGCAGUUGAGUUAGCGCACUAACUUGCAAAUGUUUUUUUAGCUGAACACGCUGCGUGUUUAUUACAAAUGCAAGACAUGUGAUAAGCCUAAACAACUGCAAACUUAAACAUAAUAUUCAAAUGCAACAACGUUCAACAAUGCCCGCAAAAUAUAUUAACAAUAAAUUCAACAGUCCGGCAAGUGCUUGGGCGAUUGCAACUAAAGUGUUUGUUGUUGUUUUAAUGUGCCAGAAUUGCAGCUCGCAAAGAGUGGAAACGCAACCCGAGGUCAUAGUUGAUCCGAAAUUUAGUUAUCCAAUUGCAAAUGUGACAGCGCCAGUGGGACGUGAUGCGUUUCUCACCUGUGUGGUGCAGGAUUUGGGCCCCUAUAAGGUUGCGUGGCUGCGUGUGGAUACACAAACUAUAUUGACAAUACAGAAUCAUGUAAUAACUAAAAAUCAGCGCAUAGGCAUUGCCAACUCGGAGCACAAGACAUGGACAAUGCGCAUCAGAGACAUCAAGGAGUCCGACAAAGGCUGGUACAUGUGCCAAAUAAAUACGGAUCCAAUGAAAAGCCAAAUGGGCUACCUGGAUGUUGUGGUACCGCCGGAUAUCCUAGAUUAUCCUACAAGCACGGACAUGGUCGUACGCGAGGGCAGUAACGUGACGCUCAAAUGCGCUGCUACCGGUUCACCAGAGCCGACAAUUACAUGGCGACGUGAAAGUGGAGUGGCCAUCGAGUUGGCCAACGGCGAAGAGGUGGCCAGCGUUGAGGGCACCGACUUGAUCAUACCACGCGUCAAGCGUCAGCAUAUGGGCGCCUAUCUCUGCAUCGCCUCCAAUGGAGUGCCGCCCUCAGUUAGCAAACGAAUCACACUUGUGGUGCAUUUUCCACCCAUGAUCACAGUGUCUAAUCAACUGAUUGGCGCUGUAGAGGGCAAGGGCGUCACCUUGGAGUGCCAAUCUGAAGCUUAUCCCAAGUCAAUCAACUAUUGGACACGAGAGCGCGGCGAGAUUGUGCCACCAGGUGGCAAAUACUCGGCCAAUGUUACGGAGAUUGCUGGUUACCGCAGCUCGAUGAGGCUGCAUAUCAAUCCGUUGACCCAAGCUGAGUUCGGUGCUUAUCGUUGUGUGGCCAAGAACUCGCUGGGCGAUACAGAUGGCACCAUUAAGCUAUACAGAAUACCGCCCAAUGCAGUCAACUAUGUGGAUAACUUUGAGGCGCGACAUAAGGGUAAAAAACGCACGAAAAGCUCGGAAGUGUAUCAUACGUCGCGAGCGCAGGAGCAAAGCGGCGAGGACAGCGAGAAUCCAGGCAAGCGAAAAGCUGAUUUGAGCCAGGAGAGCAUUGACAACUUGUAUGGUGGAACAUCAGCUGCGUCAACGCAUUGGCUGCUUGUCUGGCUGCUGCCGCUGCUGCUGCUGCUGAUGACAGCGACGACAUUGACAUGGCCAUUGCGAGAAACUCAACUGACAUUGUUGCCACAAACAUUGACACAAGUUUGACAACAAAACGAACUGAAGCAGUCAUUCGAUCCGAAGCCAGAGCUGGAGCUGAAGUUGAAACGCAAGCUGCUCAACAACGAAGCUUGUCAAUGCUUAAAAGCCAAAAGCUGUUGCUGAUUUAUGACCUGAACUGUGUGUGUGUGGUCGCUGGAGUUAAAGUUUGUCCAAAGUUUUACGCAAACGCAAACAUACGAUACAUAAAUAUUAGCUGCUAACUAAUAAGUCAAUCAGGCUUCCUACUCCCUACGCGUGCAUAUUCAAGCUGCUGUAUGCCUAGACAUAAGUUAAGCUUAGACAAACUGCAACUUGUAAUAUAACUAAGCACACUAAAUAUAAAACAGCAAAUACCAAAUACCAAUACAAAUACAAAGGCAAAGGACUCCGCACUCGGCACUUGUACAUAGCACGUACAGCAAAUGAGUUUGAUUUUUCGGUAUUCAUAAGUGGUAGGCGUUGUGGGCGUGGCAAUGCGUAAUGUGUAUUAUAAACCAUGUGGACAUAAUUGAAGAGACUGUAUGUGUGCAAAGUUACAUUUAAUAGCAGCCCAAUUGAAUGCAUAAUAAUUACUUACGCAUGUAGUAACUUGGCCUAAAGACAAAACGAAAAUCUAUUCAAGCGUUGCUUUCUGUUGUUCGUUGACGACAAUUGUUAAAAGCUAAAAGCAUAAAUAAUAAAUAUAAAGACGGUAAGGUAUCAGCGCAUAGAACAAAAAGUUAAAAAGUUGUUGAUUUAAAGCUUCAUAAACAAUUCUAAGAGCAUAACAAAAUUUUAACUUUACAGC